UCAGAUCCCCCGAGAGCGCGCAGGGAGAAAAGCGCAUCCGGCCCGGCGCCGAUGAAAGCGAGAGAGGGAGAGGACGGCGGCGUCAUCCGUCAAGCGAGCGAGCGGUGUUGAGAUAUGGCGCGAUAAGGACGAGCUGCUGGAGCUGCUGGAGCUACUGGAGCUGCUGGAGCUGGCCAGCGGGUCACAUGACAGCAGAGCAAAGCGCACGCACACACCAACGCAGAGCCCGCCACUCGCUUUUUAGCUGCUUUUUCAACAGCCUGCUUUUGCUCCCGACGCUCUGGGACGUUUGGGUACUUUUCUUGCAGCCGAGCUUGCAGGUUGGUGCUUUCUGUCUUAUUUUGUCUUUUUUCUUCUUCUUUUUGGAACAUUUCAUGUCGGAUGGACCGUGUUUUUAUUUUGCGCCGCCGCACGGGUGAACAGACACCCCCCACCCCCUCUCCCCAGCUGGUAUCCGACGUUAACGUGUGCACAAAUCAGCGGAGGUGAAGCAAACGCAACGAAAGGCACCUGUGGCCUUUCUUGCGAGCUGCGGCAGCUUUUAUUUUUCCAAUUUGGCUGGAAGCUUACCCGACAGAAGCGAUCGACAUCUUCGACCACGCGAGCGGCGGGAUCGGCACGCGAGCUGUGCUCGGCGGACACGUCAUUAGGAGUGCGCCCGGCGGAGGAUGACCGGCAAAAACCAAACCAGCAACGUGACCAACAAGAAUGACCCCCGCUCGCUCAACUCUCGCGUCUUCAUCGGCAACCUCAACACGGCCAUCGUCAAGAAGACCGACAUCGAGGUGAUCUUCGCCAAGUACGGCAAGAUCGCCGGCUGCUCCGUGCACAAGGGCUACGCCUUCGUGCAGUACAUCGGCGAGCGCAACGCCCGGGCGGCGGUGGUGGGCGAAAACACCCGUGUCAUCGCCGGACAGCCUCUGGACAUCAACAUGGCCGGCGAGCCCAAACCGUACCGACCCAAAAGCGUCUCCAAGAGGCCCCUCUCGGCGGUCUACAGUGGUUACGAGUUUGACUACGAGUACUACAGAGAUGACUUCUACGCCAGGCUUUUUGACUACCACGGGCGAGCGGCGCCGUCCCCGCGGUCCGCCAUCCCCCCGAAACGCUCCAGGGUCCCGCCGGCCUCGUCCCGCCGCGUCAAGAACUCUUCGCCCGUCAAGUCGUCCUCAUCCUCCAUGUCGUCCUUGGGACCCCCCGCCUCCUCCCCCUGCCCCGCUGCCGUCAAAGUCAAGACGGAGCAGCUGCAGACCAUCAGGAGGGAGCUGACGCAGAUCAAGACCAAGGUCGACUCCCUGCUAGGACGCCUGGACAAGAUGGAGAUGCGGCGGCGAGGCAUGUCCGAGGCUCAAAGGAUGUACGAGGACAACCGCGACAGAGGCGAUGAGUCUGUGUCGGAAGUGGUCGAUGACUCCGGCGAGGAGGGCGAUGACGGCGCACCGACGGACGCCGAGGCCGGGGAGAUGAGCGACGCCGGUGACGACGACGAGGAAGAGGAGGAAGGCGCCCUUCAUCUGAUGGAAAACCACAUUUCCGACAUCGACAACUGAGCACCGGGAGGUCGAGGAAUUGGCAAUUCCCUUCGCCUGGCGAGGAAGGACGACAAGAUCAAGAUUGGACUGCAUUGGAACAGACGCUAAAUCAAAGCUACCUUUAUGUAAAAAAAAAGAAGAAAAAUGGAGGCAAGCAAGAGGCGGCCACGACUUGGCACUCCCGAAGUUUCCGUUGUGCGCUGGACUGUCAUUGUCUCCCAUCGAGAAACUUUGGAUCAUUUCCUACCUUUUGGUCGUCCACAAUGGACCGCCUACGACAUUUUGAAAUCAUUUGAUGCACGUUGCUCGUCUACAACCGUGCCAUUGUUAUCCCUCUUCACUGUUUUUUGCUCAGUAACCAAAUGUCGCAAUUUAAUGCCGCGUAUUUUUUUUCGUGUAUUUUUGUGUGUGCGCACUGAACACGUGUUUACAUUUUGUGAUUACAUGUUAUGAUAAAAGGUGCCAACUCACCGUGGCCGAAAAUUUGACGGCAUUCAUUGUGCUCCUCUGAAUCCGUGCGGCUGUUGUUUGUUUCUUUGUUUUUGUUUUGCUCUUCUCUGGCCGUCCAGAUUUCGAAUCGACUGCUGCGCUUUUAAGGCUCACUGCACGCAAAUUCCACCUGCAAAAAAAUGUUCACAAAAGUACAAUGAAUGAUUCCAAACAUUUUCGUCAAAUAUGUUUGUGUGCGUGUGUGCGUGCUCACUCCCACCCACUUUAAAUAUAUUUAUUAAAACACACUUAAAAAAAUGUUCCAGAGCUGUUGUCACUUUUUAGCUUUCAAGAAACUAAAAAAAAAAUAAUAAUAAUUCUUGCUCACACAGCUUGAGAAGAAAUUGUCUUUCGUGGAGCUAAAAAGCUUCAAAUCCAGACCGUUAAAAAAAAGAAGCGCCGCAUCGGUGAUUUGUGUGCACUGACCCUUUAAAUCACAAACUCAUAUCUAGAAUCCAAAACGGCUAGGAACAAUCCUUUCUUACCUUCGUUCAUUUUGCGAAGCGUUGUAAGUAGAGAGGUUGUUACCAUGACAACCGCAGCUAGACUACAAGAGCAGUUGUCGACAGCCCUAGCUGCAGAAAACUGAUGUAUAGAAAAUGUACAUUUUUUUUGUAUCAAUAUUUUUAUCAAAAGCAUGUUUACUGUACUUUUUUUUCAGUUGAUGCUCAAAUAGAACAAAUAGAAAACUAUGAUAGAACACAAUAUAAAUAUAUAAAACGGCUGUAAGGAAAAGGAAAGCUCAUUGUUGUUUGUGUAUAUAAAACAAGUUGUGUUCUUAUGAAGUCAAUAAAAUGUCACGUUUACUUAAA